AUGGCAUUCACUCUCCUUAAGAAUGUGAACAUGGACAAGACUGAAUGGAACAUCAAGGUUUGUGUGGUAAGAUGUUACGAGCGUACAACAUUUGGGGAUCGCUCUACAUUUUUGGGUCUUGAAGUAAUACUUCAUGAUUCUGAGGGGUACCGUAUUCAUGCUUCUAUCAAGAAGUUUCAUAUGGAGCUUUUUAGGCGCCAUGUGGUGUUAGUUUGUUUGAAUUUAAUAAAGAAUUGGUUCUUCGUGCACUUUUCUUUCCCGCUGGUGGGCUUGCACGUGAAGUGGGCUGCCUGCUUGCUACUGGGCUUCGCGCGCGCAUGGACUAGGCUUCCUUCUCGCCUGCUGGAUCGCGCGGAGUUCGGUCGAUGCACAAGCUGCUGGAAUCUUCAUGCACGCGUCUGGGCUCAUCAUCAACUGGGCCACGGAUACAAGCAGGACACCUGGGCGCGGACUGGUGUUGGGAAAAUUCCGGGAAAAAUUCCAGCGGCUCGUCGGACGUCGCCUGAGCUCCGGUUGGUCACCGGAUAA